AAAACAUUUUUCCCUGAGCGCAAAGUAAAACAGGCUCAGUCAUGUCCGGGUUACCUCUUUAAGAGCGCCUGAGCCGGCCGUGCACUCAUCAGUCACUUCACCUUUAGCAGUAAGACUAGGGCUCUCCGUCCAUCCUGCAGGUUGUCCCUCAGUCUUCUGCGCCAGAACACUCAUCUUCCACUUCACCCUCCACAUCUACACUGAGGCUCCACCAUGUUCAACAGCGAAGUCCACGAAUGUGUGGUGUGCUGCCACCAGUUCUCCCGCAGCAACCGAAUCCCACGAGCCCUCCACUGCCGCCACACCUUCUGCAUCCUGUGCCUGGAGAAGCUGUGCAGGCACGAGAUCACCAUGCAGACCAUCCCCUGCCCUCUGUGCCGCUGGAUCACGUGCACCCCGGCCGACCUGACCCUGUCCGACGCCCUGUACAUCGACACCGAGAUCUGGAGCCACAUCACAGAGCACGAGCAGGAGGAGAGUGAGGAUCUACCGGUGGUUUUGAACGACGCCAAGACACCAGUCAAGUCGAAGCUAUCUGAUUCGAGGCAUUCCACGCUCAAAAAGUUGAUCAGCUUUUUGAAAGGCUACUGACCCCUGUGGUGGACCCUCUUCUCUCAUUGUGUUGGACUUGAAGCUGAAGAUGAGCCUCAUGGAGUCUCGAGCUCAGUGAACACAACAGAUACGUCUGUGUGGCUUGUGAGGAGCCGAGACCGGAACUUUUGCUUCAAAGUUAGUUUUUAGUUUGUUUGUUUUUCUGUGUUGAACCUGGAACAAGAAGCACCGUCUGUGAAUAAGUUGUACAAUACUGCUAAAGAGUAAUUUUUUUAGCAAUAAUUAUUUGUAUGUAUUUAUGAUCUAGUGUGUGUAUAUAUGUAUAUAAUAAUAUUCUGUAAAAUAUCAGUUAAUUAAUGCUUAUUAGAUGCUGGUUUGUUUCCAGAGCAUAAUUCAUUGGCUACUGAAGUUUCCAACUCAGUGUUGGGCCCAUAUUGAAGGAAAGGUCAUAUUAACAAAAUAAAGUUGUAAUUUAACUCCUGUUUAGUUUGUUUGGUUUUCAUAUAAGCCUUUACUGGUUUCUAUCACGUUUGAUUUAUGUUCAUUCUCAAAUUUAAAUCAUUUACCAUUAACAUGACAUUAAUAUUACACAAUAGAUUACAACUUAUUCUCUAGUUAUUUACCUGUGUUUAGUAUUUAAAUCAAAUGUUCUUGUUUUCCCAUCGUGUGGCCCUAACCCUGAAAGGCCAUUGACAACUUGCUCAGCGGCUAAAUUAAAUUGUUAUAUUAUACAUUAUAAACUCUGAUAAGGUUUAACAAUCCUUGAUGUUUAAAGUUACACCGAAUCAUAGCAGUUGCUUUUCAGAGUCCUGAAGGAAAGUAAAUCAUUGAGUCGUGCUAAAAUAAAAAUCGACACGUGAGUUUAUGGUUAUUUUAUUGAAAACAGUGACGGUGGAUUAUUUGAGCUGAAACCUUUUCCCUGAAUUAGUUCUACCAAAGAGCCUUUGAACUAUACUAUGUUAAGAUGAAACAGUUAAAUACUCAGACAACACAAAACUUUUGCAAACGACAGGAAAGGUUACUAACAAAAGAAAAACAUUUCAGGGCCCACAGAGACCAUCCGAUUGCUCACGUCCUCGAGAUCAAACACAUGGUGGAAGGAGAACGGCUCUGAAUUCAGACAAGACCAACAGGGGCCGUGUGGAAAACCCUUUUCCUGGUGGAACAACCCACUCACCACCUGUGAUUGAACAGUGGCCAGAGACUUAACGGCUUCUCCUCCAACCCCAACUGACAUAUCAGCCAGCGGUUUAUCAACUUGAUCAUCUGUCAGUCAUCAUACAGCAGUGUGGGUGGUUUGUUAAAACUAUAGCGAGCAUUUCUAAAGUGUCAAGGGGAGAAAACAGGACAAAUAUUCAGCCCCACCCGAAUAAUAUACAUAAUAUAUAUAUUUAAAAGCUGUUAAAACUGGCCAUAUCAAUUUUAAUAAUGAGCAGGUCCUACACAAUCAGAUUCACAGAUAAUAGAUUUUUUUUUUUUUCAGUCCAGGUGUAACUUGAUUUUUCAUAUUUCAAGGAAAGGAGGGAAAAGGGGUACAUCUCUCUUUUUGAACUGUUUAAAACAAAAAGCUUUUCACGUCAUUCCUCAGGAUGGUGUUUCCACUCCUCUGUACUUCAUAAAUACAUUCAGCACUCAGUUGAUGCAGUUUAAAAAGAAACAAAACAGACAUGAUUAAUCCUGUCUAAACAAGGUCACUACAUUAACAGACUAUCACAUGUGCACUUAAAUUAACAUGUAUCCAUCACAGUUUUUACCAUUUCUCUCUUAUUCCACAUCAUGGACC